AUGCAAGCAGUCUGUGACCAUCAGGGCCGCUUUAUUGACACCUACGUGGGCUGGCCGGGGUCUGUGCAUGACGCAAGGGUACUCCGGCACAGCCCACUGUACAGGCAGAACAUCUACCCUCCUCCAGGGCAUUUCAUUCUGGCAGACAGCGGGUACCCGUGCCUCCAGCACCCACUCCCCCUCAUCACUCCCUACAGGCUGCAGGUGCGAGGUGUGGCGGCCCAGCGCUUUAACGGGCAUCAUGCCAGGGCACGCUCUAUAAUUGAGCGUGCCUUUGGCAUGAUGAAGACCCGAUUUCGUGCCAUCUUUUUAAAAGCGCUGGAGAUCCGCCACACCUUCGUGCCACAGGUACGUCAUCCCUGCACACAAUAUUUUUGUUAUACUUGAAUAUAUAUUAAUUAAUCAAUUAAAUAAAUAAAAACACGAAAACUUAUUAUAUAUUAUUAUACUUAUAUUGUUAUAUUUUUUUAUUUAUUAAAGGUCUAUAUACUUUAUGUUCAUAUAAAUAUUCCUCUAAAAUUCAGGUCAUCACCGCUUGUGCCGUCCUGCACAAUAUCUGCCUGGGUGCCGGUGACACCAUGGCACCAGAGGAAGAUGUGCAGGACGGCAUGCCGGGGGAUGAGGUGGAGGACAGGCUGGAGGCAGUCAGUGGUGCCCGCUGGUGGGACAGAUUGUCCGCAGAGGUGUCGGCCCUGGAGGAGGUAGACCACGACCACGUCUACCUGUAAUCGGCAAGUACAAUUCAUCUAAAGUUUCUCCUCUGUGUGCCACAGAAUGUUUGUUGGUUACUGAUCAGCUUUUUAGACCUCAGAAGAAGCGACUUAAAAAUUGUUGGACUCUGUUAGCCUACUAUUGUUUCUCUCUUUAAAACAGGCAUGGCAGCCGUCGAACCAGCCCUGCAAACCCGGACGAUGUGGAGGACAGUGGAGACAUGCAUCCAAAACACCCAGACCACCCACAUGAUGUCCCACUGCCAGCAGACACCAGAGUCUCUAUUGUGGUGUCCCAUCCAGCCCAGCAGCACUGCCAGAGACUCCUGCUCAGCCUGGAGGAGGCACCAUGGGAGGGCAGGCAAUAG